ACUGAAGUUCUGCUGGCGAUAUAAAACCCAAGUAAACAGAGUUUGAGUAGUAACGUUCUCAUACUGUAGGGGGCGGUAAAGCUCUCUUUGUGUGUGAGCGCCGCGGCGCGUGAGAAAUACGAGAAGGAGGGGCUUCGCGCCCGUCAAAACCACAACAAAGAUGGAGGCGCGAUAUGACAGCUAGACUUGCAUUUUUCAUAGCGACGCGCUAAAACUCGCGUUGAAGUGAAGAUGGACGCGCCGCAUCUACCGGAGCAGAGCGCGGAGAAACGCGUCCGUAUCGUCGGAUCCGAGCUGGUGGAGAAUUACACGGUUUACGUCAUAGAGGUGAAUGUUGGAUAUCACAGUUGGACUGUCAAGCAUCGAUACAGCGAUUUUCACGAUUUGCACGAAAAACUCACUGUGGAGAAGAAGAUCGAUAAGCAUCUGCUGCCGCCCAAGAAGAUCAUCGGCAAAAAUUCCAAAAGUCUCGUUGAGAAGCGACAGAAGGAGCUGGAGGUUUAUCUCCAAACGCUCCUGAGCAGAUUCCCUGCGUCGACCCCCAAAGUCCUGUCUAACUUCUUACUCUUUCACUUUUAUGAAAUCAAUGGAAUUGCUGCGGCCCUGGCUGAAGAGCUCUUUAAUAAGGGUGAGCAGUGGUUGGCCGCAGGCGAGGUGUUUCUCCUCAGGCCGCUCCAGUUGUACGCCGUCACGCAGCAGCUGAAACUCGCCAAACCAACCUGUGCCAACGGAGAUGCCACAGCUGACCUGGGACACAUCCUGGACUUCACCUGCCGCCUCAAGUACCUCAAGAUCCCUGGAAUGAAAGCAGCUGUGGGGACGAGUAACAUCGAGGAGCAGAGCCUCCCGUUUGACCUGUCCAUCUUUAAAUCGCUGCUUCAGAUCGAGAUCAGUGAUUGUGAUGCCGGACAAAUCGAAGGUCUCACACACCUAAAGCCCACCAUCACGAAGUGGCGCUGA